GGUCAUUUAUCUUGCCUUGUCUUUGACAGUCGCGUGAAGUUAUUAGCCUUUUAGUUACUUCGUUUUCUCUACUCUAUCAUACAUUUUAAUUUUGUUUGGUUGUGGCUUAAUUUGUCCAUGCCCUUGAGUCCCUUAUGGUGUCUUCAGUUGCCGUAGGAAUGGAGGCUCGACAAGACCAGAAGAAGAUCGAGUCGAUUGGCAGGAUGACGCAGAUGACGCAGGAAGAGAUUGUCAGCAACACCAAGACGGUGGUGCAAGGGCUGGAGGCGCUCAAGAAUGAGCACAACUCCAUACUGGGGGGGCUGACGGCGGCGAGUGUGGAACUGACGGUGAGCGCAGUGGAGCGCGCCCAGGCCGCCGUGCAGAGCGCAGAGGCUACUGUGAUCCAGGAGAAGCAGGGCAUCGUGCAGAAGUCUCUGGACAUGAUAGAGCUUGGACUAGGAGAGGCUCAGGUGAUGAUGGCGUUGGCCUCCCACCUGCAGAUGGUGGAGGCAGAGAAGCAGAAGCUGCGUACGCAGGUGCGACGGCUCUGUCAGGAGAACGCGUGGCUGCGGGACGAGUUGGCCAACACACAGCAGAAACUCCAAGCCUCGGAGCAACAAGUCGCGCAGCUCGAGGAGGACAAGAAACACCUUGAGUUUAUGGCCUCUGUGCGACAAUAUGACCAGGACUUGACGGAUCAAGAAUCAUCUUCAGAACUGAAACAAGACAAGCCCAAAGCUGACGAUCCUGUCGUAGAUUUGUUCCCUGAUGACGAUGCUGAGGAAAGGAAUAACAUGUCACCGACACCGCCAUCGCAGUUUGCCCAGCAGGUGAACGCCGGCUACGAGAUCCCUGCCAGGUUGCGGACACUACACAACCUGGUGAUACAAUACGCCAGCCAAGGCCGCUACGAGGUGGCUGUGCCUCUGUGCAAACAAGCACUAGAAGACCUGGAGAAGACCAGUGGUCAUGACCAUCCCGAUGUGGCCACCAUGCUGAACAUACUGGCGUUGGUCUACAGGGACCAGAACAAGUACAAAGAAGCUGCCAACUUGUUAAAUGACGCCCUCGCAAUAAGAGAGAAGACUCUGGGUGAAAAUCAUCCUGCAGUGGCAGCUACCUUGAACAACCUGGCGGUGCUGUAUGGAAAGCGGGGCAAGUACAAGGAGGCAGAACCACUGUGCAAGAGAGCGUUGGAGAUCAGGGAGAAGGUGUUGGGCAAGGAUCAUCCAGAUGUGGCCAAACAACUGAACAACCUCGCACUGCUCUGCCAAAACCAGGGAAAAUACGAGGAAGUGGAGCGGUACUACCAGAGAGCGUUAGAAAUCUACGAGUCCAAACUGGGGCCGGACGACCCAAAUGUGGCCAAGACGAAGAACAACCUCGCCUCGUGCUACCUCAAGCAGGGGAAGUACAAAGAGGCAGAGAUACUUUACAAGCAGAUCCUGACGCGGGCGCACGAGCGGGAGUUCGGCACUAUCGACGGAGACAACAAGCCGAUCUGGCAAGUGGCCGAGGAGAGAGAGGAGAACAAACACCGCAACAAGGAGAACGCACCUUACGGGGAGUACGGCGGAUGGCACAAGGCAGCCAAGGUUGACUCCCCUACAGUGACCACAACACUGAAGAACCUUGGAGCUCUCUACAGACGACAGGGUAAAUACGAAGCUGCCGAGACUCUGGAGGACUGUGCCUUGCGCUCUAGGAAAGAGGGCCUGGAUAUAGUGAAGCAGGCGAAGGUGAGUCAGAUCCUCGGGAGCGGGGACGCGAGACGCAGUUCUGGCAACCGAGGACCUCGACUGGGCUCUCGUGAGAGUCUCGAGUCUAUGAGUCAGUACGAGGGAGACGAGGGAACUGGUUAUGUACAGAGAACUGGGGCGUUGGACCCACGCACGGGCGGACUCAAAAACAAACUUUUCAACGUUCUCGGACUCAACCACAACGCGUGAUGAAUGCCAUCUUGCAUGCUAGGUUAAGUCUUAUCUACUUAAUUUGAGCCGCACCGAGUUUUGCGGAAAUACAUAGCUCCUUUUAUACAUUUAUUUGCUCGGUUACGAGUAAUUUAGGAUUUAUAUAGGUUGAUUCAGUUGGAGGUUACAAUUUUAAAAUGGGUUAGCAUGCAUUUAGUUUACUUCCUGAGUAUGUUUUUUAGACACUUUCUUAGAAUGUUCAUUGAACAUUACAAAUGGCAUCUGUCAGAUCACUGAUCUUCAGACUUUGCCCUUUUGAUGAAACGUUGAAUCACUUUCUUGUUCAAUUUUGUGAGGUUUUAUGGAAAAUUCUAGUCUCAACCUUCAGUUCCGAAUCAAGUUGGGUUUGAUUGUCUAACCUUCUACUUCAAGUUACCUCAAAAAAACUUCAAGUUACGUAAAAAAUGUAUCUAAUUGUGUGAGGUUUUUCCACCUGUAUAAGAGUCCCUGUCCUGUUGGAUUGAUUUGAUUUGAUUUGAACCACAAGUUGUUCAGAUUGUCAUUACCACUCACUUCCAUCUUCUGCCAAAUGUAAUUACUUAUCAUCUCCUGAUAAUGGUCCCCAUUGACUGCAACAGCUUUGGCAUUUUCCAAAACUUGAGGAACAAGCAUCAAAUCUUUCUCUUUUUUUAAAAGUUAUUUGCAUUUAAAACACAUUCUCUUAUUGAACAACACUCCUUGUAAACAAAAACAACAACAAAUGCCCUUAAACAAUGCCCAGUUAUGCAAAUUAUCUUAAAAUUGUAACCUUUAACUGAAUCACUUGUUAUUAUAUUGUGAUUAUCUUGUUGAUAAUAUUUGUAUAAGCUCCUUUUGAGCGUUUUGUAAAAAAAACUGUGAAUAUAGAACCACCAGUUACUUUAUACACUAAUGUAUAUAAAAUGUUAUCAGAACAAAUAUUUUAAGCGGUUUAUUGCCAAAAUUAUUGGCAUGUUAUUGAAUAGUUCCUUUUUUGCAUUUUAUGACAAAAUCAAGAAUUCUCAUUUUGAUCAAAAUUUUAUUUUACAAACUUAGACUUUGUUUAGUCGGAUACCCUUUGACAUGACAAGCACAUCAUAGCAAGUUUUUUUUGUUAGUUUUAGAAGUGUAAGCCAUAAACUAAUCAAACUUAGAGUGUAGGCUGCGUCAUUCUGUACGCUUAGAAUGCUCAACAGAUUUUAGAUGUGUAAUGUUUUGUUAGCCUAGUGGGUUAGUUGCAAUGAUGCGACGUGGGCAUGUUGAUGGAGGUUUUGUUUUUAAUGAAAGCAAAGUUGAUAUUUAAUCUGAUAAGCCUAUCUAAUAUUGCAUUUCUGAACUACUCUCAUAGCUAGUUAUUUUUCAUAUAAUUUUUCUACUGCAUCUAUAUGGAACACAGUUCUUUUCACCUUAAUCUAUUUGAAUCUAAUACGUUGCAAUCUCGUAUUUAUUUUUUUAUUUUUUCCAAUCAUGCUUUCAUCAAACAAGCCUUCUUCAAUGCUCUGUAAUUUUUAUUUCCUAUUAUUAGUUAUUGUUUUAGAUUUGUGGGCUUCCCUAAACCUUAGACUAUAUUUGAUUGUUUAUUUUAUACCUAGUAUAUUAGUUUUGUGUAUGUUUGAUCAGGUAGAUAAUUCCUAUUAUUCAUUGAAAAUAACUGAACAAAAUACUUAUUCUGUUUUUAAAUACUCGUUUACGAUGUUUUUAAUGUAUAGUUUAUGUACAAUUCUUUUUUUUAUAUUGUAGAUUUUAAUUAUACAAUAUAAUGAUUUUAAAAUCUUAAUUUAUUUUUUUAAAAUUAAACAUGUACUGAUAAACACAAAAAGAUCUUUUAAUUUUUUAGUUUUUAUAGCAUACUCCGUGUAUUAACUAAAUCUAUGUGAGUGUUAGCUGAGAUAUUUUUAUUUUAUUUUGAUGGAAUAUUUUCUUAGAGAACCCAAAUUUAUUGUUAGAUCUUCUAUACAUGAAGAAAGAAGGAGUGGAUACACACAACUAACUUACCCAUGUAUAGAGUUACAGGCAGUUGAUUGCACACAAAAAGUUCAAAACACAAUUAACUUUUAUUGUAUUGCUUACACUUCCUUAUGAUGAAGCUUCUUGGAGGAGAAAGAUAUGAAAUUAAUUUUAUUGUGAACUUUAGUGAGCUAUAAACUGUUUGGAACUAUUUUCUUGAGUAGGAUUGUUGUGUAUCCAUCUUCCUUAAUGCAUUCUCAAGCCAAGUGCUCUUUCCUCCAAAACAAACCUAAUAGAUCUUAUAUUAUCUUUUAUAUUAACACAUCUGAUAAACACUCACAAAGAAAAGAUUCUGUAUUUGCCCAAAGUUUACUGUCUGGGAGUCUUGUCCCGACCAAGGGAGGUAUGUUACCUUGGCUCUGCCGUUGCCUUCUAGUUAUAGCAUUGUUUGUAUAUACGGACAACUUUUGUAAAAAUAAAAGGAGCUGUGAUGACA